UGCAAAGGCCAACAACCACAAAGGAGAAGAAGCCAUGGCCACAGAUAGUCUCCCACCACAACUCCCAACGGCUGCCACACCGCCCCUCCCUGAACUACCGAUUCAGCAGGUGGCUGGCGUGAACCCAUCAAUGGUAGCCACCGGCAUCCCAGCUGGUGUGGCCACUGAUCCGCUUUCACUCCAGGCGCAAGUUGCUGGCGUGCUGCCAAUGACUGGGGCUGCAGCCGUUGUGACGUCUGCUCCUCCGCUCAAUUGGUGCCUGCCACCCAUAGGCGCCAGUCCUGGAGCUGCCUCAGCGAACCAGGGAGCCCCGCCCUCGGCUGGUUUAGCAGCCUCGAUCGGGGUAGGCCUCCCAACGCACAACUGGAGCUUGCCUUUCUCCGGUAUCCGUCCGGGUCCGGCAGCUACCCCGGCGCUCGAAGGAGCGUCACCCUCGGCCUCGGCUGGCGCUGCAGCCACGGCCACGGCGCCCAGCAACCGACUGCAGAGCCUUCCGGCACAGGACUGGAGCCUGGGUGUCCGUCCUGCAGCUGCGCCCGGGUCCGGUGCGACUAAAUGGAGCCUUCCAUCUAAAAUCCUCCAGGCCGCAAAGCUCCAGCCGCAGGAUGGCUGCAUCUGGCGGCUGGAGAGCGCCGCCAUGCCGCCCGGAAUGUGCACCCCAAUGGUUGUAUUCCUUGGCCCGCUGUUCCCGUUACUGGAGCAAAGGCAGAUGAUGGAGGAGACCAAGUGGGCGUACGUGCACAACCUGAUCCUUAGAGCCCACAGCAAAGAAGAAGCAGGACAGAAGCUGACAGCAUACCUCACCCGUAUCGAUUCGAUGGAACCCAAGAUCCGGCAACGAUAUGACCCGUCGGAGUGCCGGGUAACUCGCAACGAGCUGGUGGAGAUGAUGGUGCUGGACGGCCUCUUCAUCAUCGAGGUGCUGCUCAACCAUUGGAUGGGGAAGAUAGAGAAAGGAUCGGCCUCACCUCGGGUGCAGGCUGAGACAGGCAACUCCGACCACCGGGCGCCGUUGGCAUCCACGCUGGUACCACAGGUCCUGAGGGAGGAAUUCACUCCGCUCAAGGUCAGGUGGGAGCCUCACGCACUUCGGUUCGACCUGAUAGUCGUUCCGAACCAGAUCCCCUUCUUCGUGCUGGAGGAACUGUUCCAGAUGACCGAGGUCCCCGAGCUUCGGGAGCUCCAGCAGCAGCCUACAAAGCUGAGAGAAAUCAUACUUGAUUAUCUCGUUGGCGAUGUAGGUGAUGGUGUACUAGCCGGUUACGACGGCCCCGUGCACCACAUCCUCCACCUGGUAUAUUUACACCUCACUUUCUCCAAGGAAGAAAGCCGUGUGUCCGCUCUGCAGCCGGGGGCUCCGGUUCCACGGCCGUCGCUGCUAGACAGGGCACUGGACAAACUGAAAAAGAAGCGCAUGGAUCUCCGCGCGCUUUGUAAACGGACGUUCUCGCGCUCCUCAGACCUACCUGUGGGCUGGAAACAGUGGAAGUUGGUCCCGCCGCUGCGAGAGCUCGUCCGAGUUGGUGUGAAGCUGAAGCGGACAGAGACGUACCGGUUCGCAGAUGUAAGGUUCAAGGACGGGAGGCUAGAGAUCCCGGCCUUCGCGUGGCGCCGGUAUCACAUCCGGCUGCUCACGAACCUUGUGGUCCUGGAGAUGUCCGGAUGGUGGCCGCGCGAGAAGCGACUCUUCUGCAGCUACGUCAUGUUUAUGUCCGAGCUCAUCAUGAAGAAGGAAGACGCCGCCUUGCUCUUCAAGAAGGGCAUCGUCCAGGAGAACAACAUGGAUGAUGUCGAGAAGAGCUUCAUUUGCCCUAUUCUGAUCCUUGCGGACUUCAGUCACGGUUCCCAGUACGAAAGCCGGUUCUCUAGCCUCGUCUGCGACGUAUUCAAGUGCUACCAGCGGUGGAGCAAAGUAGGUGUCGCGCCAAGCAGCCGCAGCACCAAGUAAGAUGAUGGAGACGUCUCCAAUUUCACAGUAUAAGUUUGCUGAGAUAGUACUAUGAGGUAAUCUGGUGCUGAUACCCCGGCAACUCGAUGAUUUUCAGCAUAGUUAUUUCCAUAUUACAUUAUCAGAUGUACAAUUUUUUUCUAUGUUUUCUGUGUGAUUACUGAUUAUUAAUUAGUCGUUAGUACUUAGUACCAACUGUUACUAGCGAGUGCCAGUGGGCGGCAGAAGCUCGCGAUUGUGUCACUUCUCUUUGCAGGCCUGUAGCGUUGGUGUCUGUAUUCUAGAUGUACUUCUGCUAUGUUCAGUUUAUUGAUUUUUGUGCCUAUGUGUUUGGUUGGGUGAAAAAAAAAUUGCCCCAAGGGAAUCUUGUAUGCAUUUCGUAUUAAAUAAAGUUUAUUUAUAAAACA